AGGGACAGGAGAAAGAAUGCUAUGAUGUCACAGCAGCCCACACAAAUACUAAAGCAGCCGAGAGAAAGACACACAUGCUCUAUGUUUCACUUACUCAACUUUACAGCGCACUUCUCCAGCUCUGAAUACUGGAAUCAUAUGGCCAGAGUGUGGGACAAGCGCAAUCGUCUCAACAAAAGAAUCUAAAAUGCCAAUCUCUGGAAGAUAAAGGGAGUUUUUGUUUGAGGAGAGGACAAUAAGAACUCCAAAAAAAAGAGCUGGACCCUUUAGAGUGUUUUGUGUCUCAGCACCCAAAGGUCUCGCACACUUGCGCACAAACACACACAUCAGUAUGUUGCAGCAAAUACUGGCUGACAUGUACAUCGACCCAGAUGUACUUGAGGCCCUGAAUGAUGAACAGAAAAAAAUUCUCUUCUUCAAAAUGAGAGAGGAACAAGUCAGGCGCUGGAAUGAGCGGGAAGAGAAGGAGGGCAAGGAAGGAAUGAAGAAAGAAAAGCCCCAGAAAAAGAACGGUCCUUGUAAAAGUGUGAGCUGGUUGUUGGGAAGAGAUGGCGACGUGCAUGUGGGUAUUAUCGGAGAAUCAGACGAGCUCAAAUCUUCAAAACUCAUCCUGUCAGAGCUGAGGGACCAAACCGUGUCCAACGUUAACAACAUCAACAGAGCAAAACCAGAACCUGUAAAGAGCAAUCUGAACAAACCCAAUAGAGCACAAACAACCAGCACAGAACCAGGGAUCCAGCUACUGCUCAAGAAACCAAAGGAACGCAGUGAUUCCGGAACAGUCUCAAAUGAGUCUAAGGACAGCGGUUCUGAUCAGUCUGCUGACGACACCAGUUGCCAAACAGAGGAUUAUGACGCAGGUGGCACCAAGGAGGACACAGGCUUGUACAGAUCACAUCUGAGCAACAAAGAUACAACAAUAGCAGACAGACUGAAAGAGCUGACAUUACACAGAUCAAUGAAAGAGCAGCUGUCAAUCAAUGACAAGACACACCCACUGGACACACCAGACAAAGGAGUGGAGAAAGACAAGGAUAACAGUCUGUCACAUGGCAGUCGUGUGGCUAAUCUCAGGAAGACCUUCAACACAACAAAUGCCAAAGGACCUUCUCCAUGUGUCAAACCACCAAUCCCCAGCAAGCCUGCUCAUCUACUGACCUCCCCCUCAGUCAGAUAAACACGCACACAGACUACCACUCCAUACACCUGAUAUAUAGACUCCUAAACAUCCAUAUGUAUCCAAAAAACAGCAAAAUGGACUGAAAAAUCAGAAAACACUUAAACGUUUGAACACAUCCAGGUGUGGACCCAGCUGGAGAUGAGCACUGAAUGGAAUUCAAACACUCUUUAUGACCCAACUCAGAUCAGCAUUUUGUCCAUUUUUACACUGUUUACACAGGAGCGUGGUCUCCACAGAACUAAUAUUUGAUCUGUUGCCUUUUCAUUAUAUUGUUUGUAUUAACACUAAUAUACUGUGUUUCCUUAAGGGGAGAAAGACCAAAGGUAUCAUUUUUGUUGUUGUUGUAAAUAACGGUGUCAUAUUGUAUAUAAUAAAGUGGUUGGUUUUGACUGGACAUUGGAACUGGAUAGUGGGAAGUAAAUCAAAUCGCAUAUACAGAUGAUGUGGUCCUAUGAUGAUUAACAUUAUUUUAAAUGAAUAAUUAAAAGGAUUAGUACCCAGACCUUGUGAAUUCAAGUGAUGGACAACUCAUAAUAAUUCAAACAAGAUGGCGAUAUCUUAAGACUGGGCUUGUACCAAAAGGUACUCCUUUUAUAAAAAUAGAGACCAACCAAUCAACAAAUGGAAUUUCAAAUCGAUACAAUACAGGCAUCACAUUUCAGAUCCUCCUAUCCAACAUUUUAAAGGGAAAGUACACCCAAAAAUGAAAAUUCUCUCAUCAUUUCCUCAACCUCAUACCAUCCCAAAUGUGUAUGACCUUCUUCCUUCAGCAGAACACAAAUGAAGAUUUACAAUAAAUGGUGAUCAGACCUUUGUAGCUCCAAAAAUAACAUAAAGGAAAUGGAAGUAAUCCAAAUGAGUCCAGUGGUUAAAUCUAUGUCUUCAGAAUCAAAAUAAGUGUGGGUGAGAAACAGAUCAAUAUUUAAAUAUUUUUUUACUCUAAAUCUCCACAUUCACUUUAACAUCUGAAAGUUAAACUUUUAUUGUUCUGUUUCUCACAUACACUUAUCAAAUUACUUCUGAAGACAUGGAUUUAACCACUAGAGUUUUAUGGAUUACUUUUAUGUUUCCUUUAUGUCGUCAAUCAACCUUCAUAAUGUAUUUCCAUAUUAUCGCCACAUGUUUGGCAGCUCAAUGGCAUCUGGUUUCUGAUGGAGACAGUCAGUCAUUCCACACUGUGAAACAACAGCUGGCAUAGUUAUCAUAGCUGCGUCCAACCGGUUGAGACACACGGCAGUGCCAGGCAUCACACUGACCCUCCCAUCUCAAAUGAGUUCAUGCAGAAGAGUUACUGACCUCUCCCAUACCUCCCUCCAGUCCUUCCUUCCUCAAGAAUCACGGGUGGAAAAAGAGAGAGAUGGACAGAUUGGGAGGAAAGGAAUGUAAGUAAGGACAGAGAAAGAUGGAGAAGAGGUAGAGAGGAGGAUGCAUGCAUCAUAUAAGAGAUCUCCGAUUGUAGUUGGUAAACAGGUGAUUACAUAUGUAUUUAAAGCAACACAAAUAUAUAGAGAGUCCUGUUAGAACUGUGGCCUAGUGUUUAGAGCAUGUGCUCUGGCAUAUUCUGGUCUUACGGAAUCACGUUACUAUACCUACAUGUUUCCUAAAUGAUUUGUAUGUGUCUCGUUGUGCAUACCACGGCAGCUUCCUGGUGAAAUUAACACUUGAGGCGCUUCAACGGCAAGUAAAAUGGAAUUUUAGUUCAUCAACACUUUUCACUUUAUUCCUCACACAAUGCUAUCAUAUGACAUAUAAACACUUUUACUAUAGCGGCGGUAUAAGGUAGUAAGGUGAAAUAUUUUAAGGUUUCAAUUACAUAACCAACUACAUUUACAAGCUUUUUUGAAAGUGAUUAAAUUGCAUGGAAGCUCAACCUCAAAGAUGAUAAGUAAUAAUCAGAUACUUCGUUAUUUUAAUUUUUUUCAGUCUGAGAUGGCUUUAUUUUCAAGUCAUUCUUAAAGGUGCACUCAGUAUUUUUUCCACAUUAAAAAAGUUUUUCUCCUAAAGAAAUUAAUUCUAGACUAGCUUAUAUAUAAAAUCAUGAGCACUCACAUGAGAUGAGGACUCUAGUCAUAUCAGUAACCUUAUAAAAGCUGUUUUAUUCUACAUGGAUAGGGUCCCCUCGUGGGGGCUGCCAUUUUAGAAUCACUUGACCAGCUGAAUACUACUCACUUAAUCUCAGUAAUUGUUAUUGGACACUUUCACUCUUGGAUUAAAUUAAUCAUGACUGAUAGUGAAUAGUGAAUUUCUACAAUGGCAUCUGUAACUGAAAACUAUUGAUUUUUAAUUAUGCUGCAUCCACACCACUAGGUGUCACUGUAAGUCCAAGAUAACACAAAGAAAUGUUUACUGAGUGCACCUUUAAAGUUUUCAGCUACAGAUGCCAUUGUAAUCACAUAAAGGAAACAUAAAAGUAAUCCAUAAGACUCCAGUGUUUAAAUCCAUGUCUUCAUAAACUCUAAAUCUCCACUUUAACUUUCAGAUGUGACCGUAAACUAAACAGGCACCACACGAAAGUGGAAAUUUAGAGUAAAAAAUUACGUAACUUUUGAUCUAUUUCACUUCAGAAGAUAUGGAUUUAACCUCUGGAGUCGUAUGGAUUACUUUUAUGAAUCCAUUAUGUGAUUUUUGGAGCUAUAAAGUUCUGAUCACCAUUCACUUGCAUUGUGAGGACCUACAGAGCUGAAAUAUUCUUCUAAAAUCUUUGUGUUCUGCUGAAGAAUGAAAGUCGCUUUCUUUCUGAGAUGGCGUGAGGGUGAAAAAAUGGUGAGAGAAUUUUCAUUUUUGGGUGAACUAUCCCUUUAACACUUAUAAUGUUUAUGUAUUAUGGCUAUACUUUUGAAACUGUAUUUGAAAGUUUACUGACUGGCCCCAUUCACUUCCAUUGUUUUUUUUUUUAAAUAAA